AUGCUGGACUUUUUCUCAUCUGCUCGUUCUAAAGACGAGGCCCCUAAGGCUACAGCAUCCGUUCAGUCCCUCUCCGGAAGUCAGCUCUCAGGCAACGAGCCACGGUCGGAACACGAACAACUGGAAAAGGCAGAAGAUGAGAAGAAGAAGAAGAAGGGAAUCCUCUCACUACUUUUUGCGCGACCUUUCACCAGGAGACGAAUUAUCAUCCUCAGCGCUCUCGGGUUUUUAAUCGUGGCUAUCUUGGUUCUCGUCAUUACCCUCCCGAUUGUCUUGACGAGAGCCCAUAAACGUAAGGACCCGGGUGAUGUUUACCGUCUCUACCCGACCAAGCAUGAGGACCCCAGUUAUCGCAUCCUGGAGAACAAGCCCGUCUAUGCGAUUCACAAUUUCCCCGAUCCAGGCCUUCUCCACCACAACGGCACCUGGUAUGCCUACGGAACCAACCCACACAAGCGUGACCCGCAAUCGAUUCAUGUCCCCGUUGCGACUUCGACCGACUUUGUGAAUUGGACUCUGCACGAGGGCUAUGAUGCGAUGCCAACACUCGGAGACUGGGAGGUCGCUCAAAAUCACUGGGCACCGGAUGUGAUUGAGCGGGAUGAUGGGAAAUUUGUUCUCUACUACUCAGGCCAAACGAAUAAUUUCAACAAGCACCACUGCAUCGGUGCAGCGGUCUCGAACGGCACGAAUCCCCUGGGACCCUAUAUCCCACUCAAUGAAUCCCUAGCCUGUCCACACGAGUAUGGCGGCGCCAUUGAUCCCUCACCAUUCAGAGAUGCAGACGGAAAGCUCUACGUGGUCUACAAGGGUGACGGAAACAGCGUUGGUAGUGGUGGCUGGUGCGGCAACAGCAUCAAGCCUCUGCGCCCAGUUCCACUUAUCCUCCAAGAACUGGAAAGCGACGGCAUCACCAAAGUUGGCGAGCCUGAGAUUAUUCUCAACAUCAACGACACUGAUGGUCCGCUCAUCGAAGCGCCCAAUAUCAUCCGGCAAGAUGAUGGAACCUACUACCUCUUCUUCUCCUCACAUUGCUUUACCUCGCUGGGUUACAAUGUGAAGUACGCCCACGCAAAGUCGGUCAAGGGUCCUUAUACCCGCGUCGACCGUCCAUUGUUACAGACGAAUGAUUUUGGGCUCAAGGCACCCGGUGGUGCGACUUUAUCGCAUGACGGUACCAAGAUUGUCUUCCACGCCAACUGUGAUGGUUAUCGGUGCAUGUAUGUUGGUGGUGUCGAUAUUCGAUCUACCAACAAUACUAUCAUCAUGGCAGCACUUGAAAUCGUCAGUACUGUCUCCUCGAAUUCCACGAAUACCACCACCACAACCAACACCACCUCUAUUGCCGACAGCUCACAGUAG